CAGAGCGCGGGAAAUCUUAGCUUGACGGCGGCCACCUCCUGCUUCUCUCUCCCUGCUGCUGCGUCUCCUGCUGUAGCUGUCCCGCCCCUCACGCCUCUCCUCCACAACCACCACACACCCCAGGCUCCCCACCAACCGCUAAGGCUGCUGGUUAAGGGUUGAAGGAAGGUUGCGGGAAGCGUCCAUCAUGUUGCGUGCUCAAGACCUCAGUGACUAUGAACUCCUGCGCGAGAAAAAUAUUCAAGACAGGCAGCAGUUGAUUGCUGCUCUUAUGAAGGACUUCCAGGAUUUCAAAGCUUCAGUAGCACCUGUUAAAUCUACAGCAUAUGUACCAAAAGUUAAAAAAACACAAAGCAUUGAUGAUUGGUCUCCACCAAAGCGAGAAUAUAGAAGAAGAAGCAGAUUUCAGCCAUAUCAUUCACCACCCCAAACUAGAUCACGGAGAGGAAGUCUUGGUUCAUCCACAGUGAGCUCGCCAAGUGAUUGGCAACAUCUGGAGGAUGAAGAAUCAAUGACCCAGCCAAUCUUUCUCAGGUUUCGCUUCAAAAAGGUUCAAGAGAUCCUUAGUAAUAUGUCGGAUGCAGAGGAGUCAGAUGACGAUGUUAAAUGCUAUGUUGAGGACAUGGAUGUAGAAAAAAUGAAACGAGCUGCCCGCAAUCUUUCAUCGUCAUUUAGCAUUUCUCCGAUUAAACGCACUAGUAUUGGGAGCUCUGAUAAUUCUGGAAGUGGGCGGAGGAGUAGGCCUAACGCUGUGUUUGAUCCUAAUGUUAAUAUAGUUAUGCCAGAGAAUGUUACCCCUUCAGAUCUAAGAAAUGUUGCUGAUCGCAGUGGAGGGAAGAUCUACAAUGCUCACAUUGGGACUACAUGUCAUCAGUGCAGGCAGAAGACUAUUGACACGAAGACCAUUUGUCGGUCUGGUGAAUGUUCAGGAGUACGUGGAUUGUUUUGUGGACCCUGUCUCAAGAACCGAUAUGGAGAGGAUGUCAGAGAUGCACUACUUAACCCUAAGUGGAUGUGUCCUCCAUGUCGAGGUUUGUGCAAUUGCUCUAUAUGUCGCAACCGAAGUGGGAAGAGUGCCACAGGAAUCCUCAUCAAUAUUGCUAAGGCUCGUGGCUUUGACAACGUGAAAGAUUAUCUUGAAAGUCUGAUCAAGUAGUGUGACUUGCCUUUAUUUUUAAUGAUUGUUGCAGAAGGUUUUUGCUUUUAAAUAAAAUAUUUUUUUAUGUAUGUUUUGACAGUCAUAUGUGAUCGAAAUUGAGAAAUAUUGGUUGGCUAUCAUUUUAUAAAUAUUUUUAUAGUUACAUGUGGAAGCACCUUGUGAAUAUGUACAGAAGGGAAGGGAACUAUCAGGGGAGGAAAGUGCCAAGCUAUUAACAACUAGAGCACUUGGAAGGGGUAGGAAUGGUGCCCAACCAAUUUGACGGUCGAAUAUGAAUAGAAUGAAGUUGUAUUAUAAUAAAUGGCUGUAAUACUAUUUGGUGUAACACAUAAUCGUAACUUUCAUAAGUAAACUGACCGUGCCUUAAAAGCAAAAAAGGAACUGCCUGUUUAUUUCUCUUAGUGAACAAAUUCAAUUUCUAACCUGCACUAAAAUAUCUUGCCUAGCUACCUUUUGUAGAUUGAGUCAGCUGUCAUGAGCUUGAUAAUCUUGCCUCUGCCCUUUUUAGGGUCUGGAGGACAUAUUUGUAGAUACUGUUAUGUUUACUUGUACUAAAGUGCUCUUGUCUAGGAUGCACAGCCUCCAUAAUUCAGAACCUCUGAAUGCUACAGCUCAUUAUUAACUUUGUACAGUUGUAAGUAACAUUUUAUUUCCAGCUACACUGCCUCUUUUAAGUUUAAAAUCAUUACAUUUUACUAUUUUCCCUAGAUAAAGAAUUGUCAAAUUUAUAUACUAUUGCUUUCUCAUCUUUGGUUAAUGUACUGUAAAAGCAAUUGCAUUUAUGUACAUCAUAAUGUUAUUGGUACAGUAAUAGUUUAUUUGCGAAAUCUGAGUAGUAAAACCUUCGAUGGAUUUCCUACAGUAAAUGAGUCUGGUUUCAGAAAAAAAAAUAAGUCAUUUGAUAGGCAUUGACCCUAUCUCUAUAGGAAAGGAAUGAGUAAGCAUCUCAUACUGAUAAGGAACCCAUGCAGGAAAAUAUGGUUACAGUAGUGAUUCAAGUGAUUACUUAACAGAUUACUGUUGUGUGAAAGAAACUUGUAGUGAAGUUUCCCCCUUCCCCCAAACUAGUCAUUGUUUUGUGUGCAACAGGUGCACGUUUAGCUUUUAGUUUUGUCAUUUGCAUAGCAAAUUGACAUAGGGUUCUUGCAUGAAUGAGAACACUGCUUGUGUAGAAUUAAUAGUAAUAAAGAUGCAUACCUACCCAGCAGUAGCAAAGAUUUAACAUAGUGGACACCAUUAGCACAAAGAUGCACCACAAAGAUGUAGUACAACAUAUGGAGAGAAAUAUGCUAUGAGGCUGCAAAAAAUAAAUGAUAAAUAACCCCCCCCCACCCACCCCUUCCCUGGGCAAUGAAUCUUUCAAAAACAUUGAUUAAACAUUACUUGAAAGUGUUUCCCACUGGAGAGGAUUAGGGUUCAAUCCCCACUGUUGUAUGUGUGAAGAUGGUUUUAUAUUUUUACCAAGUAUAGACAACAAAUAAUGUGCCAUACAGCCCUAAAUUCAGUAUAUCUUGGAUAGUAAAUGCUGGAAAAUUCCUAUUGCAUUUUAUUUGUACUAUAGGUUUACAUGGCCUAGCAUUCCAUUACGGUAAGACCAACAAAGUCUUCUUGGCUUGGUGCCUUCUUUUAUCCUAAGACCAAGUUAUGUAAUCAAUAAAGUGAUGGUUCUUGUCAUUGCAAGGUAGUAUAUAAUCUUCCUUUAUGAUAAAAAUUGCCUAGGAAGAUGAUAUAAAAAGUGUAGCACAACAUUGGUACAGUUGUACAAUUUACUUUUAUUUAGAUUAAAUUUUUCCUUAAUUUAUAAGAGUAAUUUUUACAUUGUGGAGUGAUCUGUAAAUAUUGGUUUUAUAAAGAGUACUUUUUUAUACAGUACUGUUCAUGAUUAUAUUCAUGUGUUUUGGUUGUAUAAGAAUUACACUGAUAAUAUAUAAGGUCACUACUGGAAUAAUUUGGGAUGUAAUACUGUAUGUGCCUUAACGAGAAUCAUGGUCAGUAGCGUGUUGUGGAUCUUUUGAAAGUAAUUUGAUAGUGUUGCGAUUGUAUUUUUUAUAUUUUUUUAUUUAUUUAUUAUUAAAUUAAAUUACUACUUUCAUUGGUGGGUAAAAUGCUGUACAUAUAUUCAAUGUGGAAAUGUACAUGUAUUCCAAGAGUAAAAAUACUUUUUAUAUAUAUAUAUAUAUAUGUGCAUCAGUAUUUUAACAGUAUUAUAGUUUUAUUACAAUUUAGUGAUGUGAACAUAGUUAUGAAAAUGUAGAAUUGUUGCUAUGGUAUUUGUAAUUUGUGUUAUGGAUGUUUUGCAAAAUACUUCAUUGUGAUUUGGGAAUGGUGGUGCACACUUGUGUUCUUUUACCUAAUAAGUUUAACAAAAGUAAUUCAACUCAAAUAAUUUUAAAAUGUACUGUAUAGCAAGAGGUGGUAUGCCAGCAAAAAUUCACUGUAUAUGUAAAUACAUCAUGAACUGUGAUUUUUUUUAAUAACUUAAUGACCAAAAGCAUACCAUGGGCAUGGUAAAAUGAAAAUGCCAUCAUGGGAGCAAAAGGUUGAGAAGUUAUUAUAUACCAAUGCAAGUGUGUUGCUUUUAACUGUUUCUGUAUAACAAGUGCAAGAAGCAUUUUGGUUUUUAGUUAUAGUCUGAGCAAUGAGAUGAUUUUGGAUGGCUGCCAAUUUGUUUAUGGCAGGAACUGCAAGGCGAGGUUUGUCGUUAACUGAAGUCACCUUCAACAUUAUCUUGCUAUUAUUUGUAUACUGUAAACAAAAUAUGGAGUGCCUUGUUGAAUGGGAAUGUAAUUUUGUUAAUACUGUGAGUAUAUUUACUACAAUAUUUUGAUACAA